AUGGAGUUGAGUUAUAGAUCAUAUCAAAAAGUGUUAAAUAUCGCACUUAAGCCAAAAGCUACCACUAGCUCUUGUUGUAAAAAAGCUACCACCACCACAAAUACAAACACAAAAAAAGUAAGCAAGCCAAAGCGUGAUGAAAGUCAAAUCAAGAGAAGAACCAAAACAGGUUGUUUGACUUGUCGAAAGAGAAAGAAGAAGUGUGAUGAAGAUAAAGUUAAUGGUAAAUGUCAAGCUUGUACAAGAAACUUUUUAGACUGCUGCUGGCCGGAUCCAAAUGCUAUCAAACCAAAGAAUAAGAAACAAGCCCAAGAACCAAAACCAAAACCAAAACCAACUGAACCUCUUAGUCCAUCAAUGAAAGAAGUUACUUCUCCUAUAAUAAGAUCAAAGAAAUGUGAUAUCAACUAUUUACUACAUCCAGAACAACCAAAGCCAGAAGCUGCUGCAGAACCAAAGGUUUUCAUUCCAUAUCCAAGUCCUACAUUAUCACCUGUUUUCAGUGAAGCUAAACCAGCAACUGAAGUUAGUCAUUUCGCUCUUUCGCCGAUUUACAAUGUCAAUUAUAGACAUCAAAGUAAGGACAGUAAUGUUAGAUCUUUAUAG